GAUUUGUUGCUGUAAAUUGGUGAAUUUCAACUUGAUUUGUGUUUUGAAAGUCCCCCUCUAACUUAGUCUGAACCAUUAAAUUUGAUUGUGUUCAUUAGUUUUUAUCUAUCCAUUUUCUGAAUCAGUUUUUUUAUAGACCGGUAUAUAAGAAAUUGAAUGUACUCUUUUUAACUAUGGAUGACGAAGACGAGGAAUUUGUUUAUGGAACUCCGUUGCCACCAUUGGAAGAUAAUGAGAAUGCUAGUAAAAAACCCGAACUUGAUCUAACUGUACGAGAUUGGAAGGGUCGUCGUCGAUUUCAUGGAGCUUUUACUGGAGGGUUUUCUGCCGGAUAUUUCAAUACGGUUGGAACCGAGAAAGGUUGGAUACCUUCACAAUAUGUAUCAAAAAAGGAAGAAAGAUGGGAUAAAAAGUUGGUCAAGAGUAAGCCAGAAGAUUUUAUGGACGAUGAAGAUUUCAGUCUAUUUGGCAUAGCUCCGAAAAAAGUUCAUACUAAAGAUGAUUUCAAAGGACCACAAACAGAAGCUUUCGCAGGUCUUCGAGACCCAAAAGCAUCUCUCACUGAUGUUCUUAGAGACAUCAUAAAACCAACAACUCAAUCGAUUGGUGUUAGACUUUUUACCGCUAUGAAAAGAGGCCGAAGAUACAAGGGAGCUUUUCUCAAACCAAAGUCUACCGGAAAAGUUUACGGAUGUAGUAUACCACCAGAAUUCACUAGGAAUAACGAUGAAAAUGAUGACUUUAUUGAUGAACCUAUCGUGCAAGCAGAAAUUUUUUCACUUCCAUAUACACCGAAAAACGACUUUUUUGGUAUCGGUUAUAAACCUUUAAAAUCAGGAUUUUCAGAUGAGUUAGAAAAAGCAGUACCUUUGACGGCAAUUCUUAGUGGAAAUAAACGUUUAAAAAUUACUGGUGAAGCGUUUGGUUAUGGAGCAUUAGAAGACGAUGAUGACUAUGCUGAUGAUGCAUUAAUUUAUUCGAAAGAAGAUUUAUCAAACUAUGAUUUUGAAAUUGGCUCGAUAAAAAAGAACGAGCCAAAGCCUAGUACCUCAGCUGUUACUUAUUCAAACAAAGGCUCUCUAUUAGGUUUUGUGAAAGUAACAAGAAUCGAUCCACUUGAGUCAUCAAAAAGUAAAUUACCUGAGAUACCGAAAAAUUGGCGACCUCAUCCACCUUUCUUGAAAAGUAAACGAGCAUCUCGUUGGAAUCAGCCACCUCCAACUAAAGAAAACUAUCAGAAUAAAUCAAUGGAUUUAAGUGCUCCAAGUACAAUUGCAUCUCCUAAAUCACUGAACAAACACGAAAUGAAACCUCAAAUGAAUGCUAAUGCUCGAGCUAUAAUUCUUGGUGAGGAAGUUGACAUUGUUGUAGGUUUGAAAAAAACUCAAGAAAAACUGAAAGUCGAGAACGAGAAAGUCCCUGUUGAAUCAGAUAGUAAACAAAUGCAAGUUAAACAACAAGGUGCAUCAUCAAACCCCCUAAGCGCUUAUUUUGCUAAUAAAUUUGUUCGCAGUUCAGAACUAACUGAAGAUAAAUUUGAAGCUGGACUAACAGAAUCUAGUAAAAUAGCUCCAACUAAAAAAGAAGCAGUAACUAAUGAUCAACAAGAAGUUAAAUCUACCAUAGGAUUGACUAAUAGAGAAACUUUCCAGUGGCAUCCACACACUUUACUUUGUAAAAGAUUUAAUGUGCCUCAUCCGUAUCCACAAUUUCCUGAUGUUGUUGGUGUACUUCAUAUUGGCCAAAAUACUGGGACUACAGCGAGCAUGAGAGCAAAUGCAACAAAAGCGAAACCUCAACUGUUUAGCUCAUUAUUUCAACCAAAUUUUGAAUUUUCUUCUUCCAGCUCUACAAGCAAAGAUAAAGAAAAACCUGGAAAUGCUUCCGCGCCACCCGAUUUCAUUUCAAUUGAUACUGAAGAAAUUGUUGAGCAGGUUGAACGUCCUCCAUUAGACCUUUUUAAAGCCAUUUUUGCUUCUGAUGAAUCAGAUACUGACGAAGAAAGUGAAAAAAGAAAAGAUGAUGACAAGAUAGAAGAAAAAAAGGAUUCACGGCAGAAAAUGGAAAAAGCAAAUUCCUCUAAAGAUAUUGAAGAUUCAACGAAGAACCAGAGUAAUGGAGGCGGUGACAUCAUUCAUCGCGAUAAAGUGAUAGAGCCCAAAUCAAGCUCCUCUAGAGUUGGAAUUUUUUCAGGAAUCAAUUUAGAUUUGCUAAGCAAAUCUAUCUCUUAUAAAAUUGACCCAAAAGAAGUUGAUCGCAAAGUAAAGGAUCAAGAAGACAAUGAUAUUCAGAUCAUUUCAGGAGCGGAUGGGGUCGAAUCAGAAAGUACUUAUGGACCUGCUCUACCUCCAAUGAGCGAUGAUCAAAGAUAUACAGCAAGAUCUAAUAGCCGUAAAAGAAAAGAGAAAAAGAGAAAAAAGUCAAAAUCAAAAUCCAGACAUAAAUCCAAAAGAUCUAAGAAAAAGCAUAGAAGAAGAUCAUCUUCUAGUAGUGGCGAUUCAAGUGAUUCAGAUAAUUCUAAUGACACUGAACAUUUGAGUGCCAAAAAAAUUAAGUAACAUUGCAGCUUGUCAAUGUAUUAUAAAGGUAAUGUGAAUUGUAUUCAUCUUAUGAAUCUUGAAAGAUACAACUCUGACGGAUUUCCAAUUUUCAAAAAUUUCAUCUUGAAGGAUAUCUUUUUCAUUUUGAAAUCGAGAGUAUGAGUAAAGUUAAAAAUCUUCAUCAUAAACAAUACCAAAACUAAAAUAUUUUAUACAUGUAAAUUUAUAUAAUUUUGAUUGUAAAUUUAAAAAUUGUAAUUUUGUACAAAGAUUCUUGCCAUCAACGAAUUCCAAUCAAUAAAUCUCAUUUGGAAGCGCUGAUAAA